UUCGCUGGCGAUUGAAGACGACUCAACUGCAUGGUUCUCCUCACACCAGCUUCAUAUAUGGUGUUUCACACGACCUCGCCUCAUCCCAAGAUAGUGCUGAAAUGUAUGAACACUGGGCAACAGAAUAUGGGGUUGCGUAUAUGAUUCUGGGUGUCCUCGGACAGACUAGAAUCGUACUGUCCAACCCAAGAGCUAUAGCACAUUUCUACACCCGAGAGACAUGGACAUAUGUGCUGACGCCCCUUGCAUUGGCACUUAUGGAGGCAUCAGUAUGUUAAUGUCGUCAUCUUAUCUUGUCUGUCUGACAUCUCUUGUCAGAUGGGCUGAGGGCUAUUAUGGUCUCAGGGUGAAGACCACAGGAGG